AUGACUAAAUUUCUACGAUUUUCUCCAUCAAAUUUUAUUCCAGACAUUAAAAUAUUUGUUCGAGAAGAUGCAGAAGAAGAAGUGCGACGUUUGCUUAGCACGCCAUUGUUCAACUUUCCUUCUGCAACUAUUGAAAUUGUCUCAGUAUCGCGUGAGAAUGAAGAAUGGGGCACAGCAGAUGUAUUACGGCACUAUGCAGCAAAGAUUACUCGUGAUUUCGUAGUAAUGUCCUGCGAUUUUAUCACAGAUGCACGCCUUCAACCUAUGAUUGACCAGUUUCGUGCACAUAAGGCGACAUUUUCUUGUCUUCUUAGUGAUAUGUGUGCUACCGGACCUGUACCAGGGCCGAAGUUACGCCGAGGAAAAGGUAGAUUUUUUCUUUUCUGUAACUUCUGAUG